CUUCGCUCUGUUUCCCGUAAGGUGUCAUUAUGCAUUUAUUAUUUACAACUUCCGUCAAAUAAACAAACACUUCAUUGUUAACUACAGGAAAGUGUGUGUUCCAUGGUGUGAAGAUGAGUGGUCUGCAAACACUUACAUCCAGACAAUGAAGCAGUAUGGAUACGGUGUCCAGUGCUGGAACCACACCAUCACAUCAUUCCAUCAUGUCACAACAGGGAGAGAAUGUUCAGGUAUCGAAGGCCAGUCACCAGGAGUACGAGGAGUCGCUGAAGAUCGUUCUUGGUACAGUGUUUGGAGUGUUCGGCGUUGUCGGUAUCAUCAUUAUUGUUGUACUGGUCUACAGGUUCUAUAAAAACAGGCGAAAUGGGAGCGGCUCAGGUUCUGACAGAAAUGCCAGUUUCCACAGAUCAGUGUCCAUAGACUUGGAACAGAAGCAAGUACCGACUGUGUUGUUGCUGUACUCCUACGACUGCAGUGCACAUGAGAAAGUGGUUGAAUCAUUGGCAGGAUUCCUCAUAGAAACAUGCAACUGUAACGUACACGUUGACAUGUUCGAGGAGCAGAUAAUACAUGAAAGAGGCCUUGAUGAUUGGCUCGUUGAUAAUCUACAGGAGGCGGAGUUUAUUAUCGUACUCAGCUCUGUGGGUGCUCGAUUACGCUGUAGUAAAAAGAAGGUUAAGUUUAAGCUUGACUCUUCAAAAACAUUGCCAGAUUAUUUUGCUGUUGCUGUGGAUUAUGUAGCGGAGAAAAUGAGAGUUGAGCGCUCCAAGGGUAUGCCAUUGACAACGUUUUGUGUAGCAUACAUGGAUUAUUCAACGGUAAAUGAUAUUCCUCCUCAGUUGGAAAUGGCAUUUAAGUUUUGCUUAAUGAAGGAUAUCACAGCUUUGUUUAGUCACCUGCAUGGUAUAAAUGGCGAACCGACAAAAGACGGUGCUCCUAUUGUUGGAUUGACAGCCGAUUCUUUUGAUACCACGGAAAUGGGACAAGAGUUGAAGGUUGCUAUCGAAUCCGCCAAAGAAUAUUUCAAAUCAAAUCCAGAUUGGGUCGAAGGACGAAUCGAACCUGUGCCAAAUCCAAACAAAACAAAGUCCCGUCAUGUCAGAAAAAGUUCCCUGGAACCAUUGCUUCUUGCCACUCAAAUGGACUGCUCUAAUUCCACGCCGGAUCCCCACAUGAUCAACAGUGAGAUUGCCAUGCAACCCUUGCCCCCAAGAGUGGACCAUUCCAAAAACACUCAGUCCUCUCAGCCACCACAAAGACAAAACUCAUUUCAUUCAUCUUUGAGCAGUCACCAAACAUUGAAUACACCUCCAGGGCCACAAAAUUCUAAAAGUUGUGAUAAUGUCCCUUCAGAAUCUCUCUGUAGCUGUGACCUUUGCGGGGUUGAAGGUCAUCAGAUGGGGAGCUCACAGUGCAAACUUAAGCAUCUUCUGCUUACUCAGGAAAUGGAAAUCAGUGAAAACGAUGAAAAUGUGAAGCUUAAAUCCAAAUCUAUGCCUGCUGUGAAUAGAAAUAGCUUGUACAGUUCUCAGACUAUUUUCAAAGCAGAAGUUCAUAAGGAAUGGGAUGAUAACGAUGGGUCGUUAUCACAUGCUGACUCUCAAGAAUCAAGUUCUUAUGCCGACUCUUCUGUUGAUGAUCUUGAAAAGGACUUACACUCUAUAAUGAAUCCAACUUUCGUAUCUCGACCCCAACCAAUGUACUCUCACACUAGUUUUGAUGACAUUGCUGGUGUUUACAAUGUGCUACCUUUACCAACUAAAAUGGAUAUUAUCUCCGAAAAUGUGACUAAAAAGUCCCACUACACCAAUAGUCAAAAAGGGAGUGGUACUCGGGAGCAGUGUGACGUUAUGUUUACCAAACCUCCAAACAAUUCCAGAAACUUUACCGAAAAUAUUCAACUGGAGGAGUUCAGCUUGAAGCUGUAGCUCUGAUUUAUAACACAUGAUCUGUGUGUUAGACGAGGGUGAGAAAUCAGUUAAGUUGUAUUCAUAGGUAUUCAUCACGCACCCAAGAUUGCGAUGGUUUGAGCCCCGCCAGGUACACUUAAAAUGGACAUAUCAGGACUUUGUUUCUAGCAAGGAAAUUGACUAGGGCUUGAGUAAAAUUGAGCUUAUAGCUGUCCUUAUUAUCAAGAUAAAAUGAAUUAUGGGUCUUACAUAAGAUAAGCAUACCAGCAGAAUUUGAAAGAUAUUUCAAUAAGUUGUACUAUACAGUCAUUAUAUCUUAUUUAUUAUAAAAUUACUAUUAAUUGCAUAUAUCAUUCAAUAUUAAUUAUGAUCUGUGAAACAGAAUUAGAAUGGCUUGGUUGAAUAUUAUAUUAUAAUUAUGUUAAUCAUUAAUGUAGACAUGAUCUUGCGUGUUGACUUUAAAUGACUAUACAGUCAGGCCUCGUUGGCUCGAACUCGCUUGUCUUGAUUUCCUCGUUGGCUCAAACUGGAUCAAAAGGGCUGAGUUUUUAUACUGAAUGUAAGCAUUCCAACAUGGCUCAAACUCCCGAGGCUCGAGGUAUUUUCCGGUCCCUUGGAGUUCGAGCCAGCAGGGUUCGACUGUACAUUGUUAUUUUAUGCUUUCAUGUAGUUUAUAUAGAUUUUACAGUUUAAACGGAAAUAUCAUAGUGAUAUAUUUCAUUGUUUUGAAUUUUAAGCCAGCUCUCCGUUACCAAUCAAACAUCAGAAUGUUUGCGCAAAAAAAUGGCAUGUUUUUCUAAAAAAGUGUAAUUAAACGACAUUUAUUCCAAUUUUAGCAUUUAAUGCAGUCAUCGAAAUAAGUCUUUUGGAUGAACAAGCCUGAAUUCUUAUACUUCUGCUUGGAAUUAAAUUUUUGAACAAGCCCUGCUGUAUAAAACUCAGAAUUUGAGCAAGCCCUGAAAGCAUUUUACCAGUGCAGGGCUUGCUGGCUUGUGCUAAUUUCAACCACUAAUAAUAAAAAGAAAAAUUGUUAGUUUUAGUGUAAGAUAGCAAUAUAUUUCACCUCAUGAACACCAAAAAUUAAUUUUUCUUUUGCGGCUACGCCACAAACAAUUAUCCUCUAUAAAUUGAAUGUUUCAUUCAUUGACACCAAAUACAACGCAAUUUGCAAUUGAGGAUGACCCUGUGCUUUUGAAAGUGCAAUUUCCUUUCCUAUGUGAAGGAUACUUCUUGAAAUGAGGAAGAUUAAACAUAAUCAUACAUGUAGCUGUCAUAAGACAUCAUGUGAUUGUUACGUAAAUACUCUUAUUAGGCUUUGUGUCAUAACAUAAAACUUCCCUUUUUAUAGUGUUAUAAAUCAAACAACGCAUUAACACAUUUCAGAUAUCAAAUUUCUUCCUGUUACCUAAGUAGAUAAAAAAGCUUUCAUUGCCUGCUUUUAGUCUGCACACGAUAUUUUCUUCACUUUUUUUCUGAUUACAUAAACACUCAAUUAGCCUGAGUUAUAUAGAGACCCCAAUGCGAAAUCACUUUCUAUAUCACAAUUAUUUGCACUGAUGGAAAAUCCAAUUUUGUGUGAAGUAUUGAUGAAGCUGAAAUUUCGUAAGAAAAAUAUUUGAGGUUUAUCAGAUCAUAAGUUCACAAAAUAACACUUCAGUCAUGCAUGAUAUAAGUGUGUGUUUAAAAUCUUUAAAGCUUUAUAAGAAGAUUACUUUUACACCAUUCUCCAAUGACAAUAAUGACUGUUCUUACAUAAAGCCUAAAAAAUAAAAAAGCCUACCUACCCUACCUGUUUUUUAAAAGGAUGUAACCCUCUCCAAACGAUUUUUUUUGCCUUAAUGUGACGUUUGAUUGUAGCUAUGACAAUUCAGGUAUCAAAGCAUGAAUAUAUAUUUUAUUUACAUUUUUCCGACCGAAUAAUAAUUAUGAAAUUAACUAUUAUAUGCAGUCUUAUGAAAAAUUAAAAAUCAUUAUGGUAAUGCUAUGGUUGAUUUUGGUUAUUUAUGAUAAACAUUUGUCUUUUUGUACUUAUGAUUUAUUUUGUAUUUUUUGUGAUAAAUCUAUAUAUACCUGUGUUGUUAUAUCGUUUAUUUAUUUAAUAUUGUCUUGUAUGUGAUUUGUACCAGUAACAUUGUAGUGGAACUGCAUAUGGUCAUAUAAAUUAAAGUGUGCUCAAAUAAAUUGUUGAACAAAUGAUAUUAUUAUAGGGGCGAAUUUUAGAUUUAUAUUUUUCUCUCAAAGCAUUUUUUCAAGGUCUUCCAUGACCAAAAUGCAAGAUUGAUGUUUUUUACACCAUUUGAAAGUUGCAAGUUGUAUUGUUUAAUGUUCAAUAAUAGUCCAGGAGGUAUUUGAAUUGCUGUAUUGAAUGAUAUCUUGAAAUUCAUUCUUUAAUUAAAUAUUGCACUCUGAUUGGAUUAGCGCUCAUCGUUUUACCAUUUGUAUAAAACGUUAAAAUUACUCUGCUAUUCUUAUAUACAAAUUACAAGACAAUUUUACUUUUUGUAUAUCAUGAUAAAAAUAUUAUAUAAAGUUAAGAAUAUGGAUUUAUCAUAUUAGUUCUUGUGUGCACAACCAAGUUCUUGACGCAAAAAACCCAGUUCUUUAUCAUAUAGAAUGCAUAUAUUAAUUAUAUUUAUAACAGUUUACCUUGAUCAUUGUAAGCUAACUUGCUAUGAUACAAUCUGUUCCAAUUUACAUGUAAUAUUUCUGUUCUUUGCAAAAUGCAAUGCAAACAAUUUGUAUAUAUAUAUAAACUGUCUUCUAAAAAUAAUAAAAUUAUUACAGUA